AUGACGAAUGAUUUGGAUCGUGAAGUGCUCGAAAUGAAAGUGGAAAUCAACGGCGAAGUGAUAGAGCGGAAUCGAUACGUUCACUUCGAGGACGGUUUUAUUUUCUUCUAUGAACCAUUUUUCGAGGAGCUUCCUUUCGAGAUUAUGGUGAUGCUGCUCAAGUAUCUUAAUACAAGCGAUCGCUACGCUAUGGCUCAAGCGUGCAGGGGUUUCUACGAAGGACUCAAGCAUCCACACUUUCUGCGGUCAACGUGUCUCCAUAUCUUUGAAAUCGAAUUCGAAGACAACGUCGAACCGGUACGUAGUCUACUGACGGCGUUCCGGUACUUCCCGAAUGUGAAACUAACCAAAAUCGUAUUUGGGAAUCGCAGCGACUUCUGGGCCGAACUUGGUGAAUCCAUCGAAGAACUGACGCUGGAUAACUGUGUCAUCUGGAAACAAAAACUGCUGUCGAUUCUUCGGUAUACGUAUAAGCUGAAGCGCCUAACGAUCGAGAACUGUCCGGAUCUGUUUCGCUCGUGGAAGUUCAUCGAGAACCUCACGGUAGUGUUCUGUCCGUCAUUACCGCAGCUGCGUCACAUAAGUCUAGCCGGCAAUAACAAACUCGAGCAGCAUCAUUUCGAUUUCAUUGUUGGCAUGGCGCCAAAGCUCGAUUCACUAGACGUGUCGAACUGUUUCAAGGGAAUUGAAGCGGGGAAUCGGUUUCGAAUGCUGGGGCACGUGUUGCAGUAUCUGUCCGAUCAUCAACACGCGGUUCGCCACUUUUACAUUGGCGAUACGCCAAUCGAUAAUCUGUUCUUGCGUCAUCUGGCCGACAUCAAGGGCCUGCAGCUGAAGAGCUUGAGCUUGAUGGUGUGUGAUAAGAUACCGGCGACUGAUGCUGGUAUUAUCGACUUGAUUCGGUUGCAGACGAAUGUCACGUAUCUGGACUUGUCGCGAUCGUUGGCGUUACAUGAUUCUUGCUUGAUUGAGAUAUGCAAGUGUAUGCCUAUGUUGGAGACGUUGAUCCUGAAUCGAUGUUGGAUGAUAACGGACUAUGGGAUUUUGGCGAUCAAGAAUUUGAACAGAUUGAGGCAUAUAGACCUAACCAACUGUGAGAGGAUCAGCGAUACGGGAAUUAUGGGAGGGCUGUUGACUCAUAAUAGACAGCGGAGCUUGAGGAAGUUAUACCUUGGUCUGUUGACGAACAUUGGCGAGGUGGUGUUCACGAAAAUCUCCUUCGAGUUGAACAAUUUGGUUGUACUUGAUCUGGGUGGUUGUUCAAAUUGUAUCAACGAUCGAUCAAUCCAGUACAUUUUCUACCAUAUGACGGGCUUGCAGGAAUUGAAUCUGGACUGUUGUGCGAAGCUCUCGGACGCAGGAUUAACGGGGAUUGAUCUACCGGAAUGUGCAAUUGAUAUUUGGGACCUCCAAAUGUCCUUCUCCAUUAACGAUCUGAAGAGGUUGCGCUAUCUGAAUCUUUCCGGCUGCUAUCGAGUUACCAACUAUUCGUUCAGACGAAAAUUCAUGCUGCAGGAGCUGAGGGAACUAGUUUUGGCUCGCCUUCAGAUAACUGAUUCUGGAGUGGAAAAGCUCGCCGCCAACUGUCCUUCGUUGGAGAUUAUCGAUUUCAGCGAGUGCCCGAACGUAAACGACCAAUGUGUGGAAAUCAUUUCCAAGUUUUGCACCCGUUUGACCACCCUGAGGCUGCACAACUGUCCGGAGAUUACGGAUCUGGCAAUCGAUCACCUGGUCAAACACUGUACCACUUUGAAACACCUAAACAUUCGUGGUUGCUACAAAAUCUCCGCCGAAGCCGAAGCACGGUUGGUCGCCAUCAGAACACUGAGGAAUGUGCUGGCGAAUGAGCGGGAAUGA